UAUCAUGACCAAAACAUUGCUUUGUGCUUUACAGUACACUGAAAAAUUAUGAAAAAUUAAAUGAAAACAUAUAAUCUUUUUCAUUAUUAUAUCAAUAAAAAAGAGAGUUCAAAAGUUGCUAGGGAGUGUGGGGUCCACGGAUGGUAUGGGACUUACACGUAGCAAACAAACAACAAACGAGAUACCUAAAGGUUAAAAACCUGAAGGUAAAAGAGUCAUCUGAACUAUUACAAAAGUAUAGGCGAAAAUGCGUUUUAUAAAAUGGAACUUAUUGUUCAUAUUUGCAGCAGUUUUCUUCACGUUGUUAAAUAUCUUCAUCCGUUACGAUUCCUCUAACUAUGACUUUACGGUUAUUCGUCAAGAAGCGGAAGGUUUGCCAUUUUCAAGAGAUCGCUUGAAAAAAAAAGAAAAUAGUACAGGUGCCAGUUUCACGCAGUUAUCAGAACACGACAGUCGAAAAGAAUCCCGAGAAAGAUUGGGCUCUAGAGUGAGUUUUGAGCAAAUGAAAGAAAGAGUAGAACGGCUUGAAAAUACUCUCCAGGAGCUGAAGCAAAGACAGAGCCGAGUUGAAACGAAUAUAAAAGACGUCUAUGCAUUGUCCUCAGAUGUCGAGCUAAAGCGUGUGAAAACCCAAGUGGAGAAGCGCACAGAAGCAAAGUCGGACAUUUCAAAAGAUGAUCAGACACGCGAAAAUGACGACGACAAAACCGCGAUACAAGCACAUCAGUAUAACAAAGAUGAGAAGGUCAUUAAGACUUCUCGUGAUGAGCGUCGUACGUGUUCUGUUACAAAAGAUGACCGCUUCCCAAGGUGCAGAUGGAUGUAUGAGAAUUUGCAGUCAGACCGUUAUGACGCACGUUGCCAUGGAGACAAGUUUGCAGUAAACAAAAGCGACCCAUGCUCUAUUCUCAAAUAUCUCAGUGAGGUGGAGCCGUGGUGUCCUCCCAUCCAUACGAAGACGAACACUGCACCGACGCAGAGCAAACCAAUGGCCGAGGCAAGAACAGACAUUGAAGGCUUGAUGAAAUUGCUCCGCAUCAAAGAGUGGGCAUGGAUUCGAAUGAGGGCAAAGUCAUUCUGGAACGAGUGGGUUGAAUCUUACCGGAACCUGGAAACGAAACAAAACAUGCGGGGACGACAACGAAAACGGAUCUUUCUCUUCAUGGGUGCCUUCAUCGCAAACAAGUUUUUCUUUGAAGACGCGUUUAAAGGCGGACCCCUUGGAGAGCUGGUACAAUGGACUGACGUUAUUUGCUCGCUUUACAUUCUUGGCCACGAUCUCGUGAUAAGCUCGUCACUAGAGGAACUCAGACAGGGAAAAUUUCUUACGCUCCACGACUACGGAUGCGCCGUGAAGGACGUGAAAGGACGUGAUUUUGAUUUCAUCAUCAGUGAUGUCACAGGUUCCUAUAUCCUAGAGAUGGAGCUUGGUCCUACGUAUUGGCAUUACACUUGUAAGCAGCUCUUGCUGGACAGCUUUGGUACUGACCCCGAGUUUAACUAUGACCUUUAUAAGGAGGCCAUUCCAGGUGGCCGGUCAGGCUGGGCAAACAGAAAUGUGCAUCAACAGCAACUGAUGACAAUGUACCCACACAGUCCAGAUAAUUUGUUCAUGGGAUUUGCCGUACCGCAGUCUGCAAGGAAGGAAAGACCCACCAAGAAAAAGGCCCAGGCCUUGGUGUAUGGAAAGCAAUCAGUUUACUAUCGGGACAAGCGUCAAUACCUGGAUACACUUCACAAGCAUUUUGAGAUUCAUGCUAACAUCGCCGGAACGGAGGAAGAUUUGAGAAGGAAUGAAGUGCCUGAUUACAUAAUCAACCAUGGUAUAGUUAAUGGGAGCACACUCGUCAAAAUUAUUCAGGAGUCAAAGGUGUUUAUUGGUCUUGGCUUCCCGUUCGAAGGUCCCGCUCCCCUUGAUGCAAUAGCAAAUGGUUGUUUCUACAUCAAUCCAAAGUUGAUUCCGUAUCAGAGUCGGGAGAACGCUGCUUUCUUCAGAGACAAGCCAACUUUUCGAAAGCUGACAUCGCAGAACCCGUAUGCCGAAGAGUUCAUUGGACGACCAUUCGUAUACACUAUUGACAUGAACAACGAGACGGAGGUAGAAAAAACGAUUCAAGAGAUUCUUGCUACCAAGGAGAUUCCUCACCUUCCGUACGAGUUCUCUCUCGAAGGCAUGCUUCAGCGAAUCAACUACUUCAUGAAAAAUUUGGAUUUCUGUAAUAUAGGCAAAGAGUGGAUGCCUUUGAGUGAGAUGCUGACAGUGAAAGGCAGAGAAGGCCAAUCUUGUAAAGAUGCAUGCUUUCAAAAAGGUCUUCUGUGUGAACCAUCUUUUUUUCCUCAGCUCAACUCAGUCAAACAGCUGAAAAGAAAUGGAAUGAGAUGCAAAUCGUACAAGUCAUUGGAGACCCUUUAUGCACCAGCAAGCAACAGCACGGAUGGCAGCUGCUUACUCCAAGAGCAGACUCUUCUUUUCAGUUGUGUCGCACGUGAUAGUCAUGUGACCAGGUUAUGUCCCUGUAGAACUUACCAGAAGGAGCAAGUGGCACUUUGUAAGAACUGUCAAUAAGCGGAAGCACAAAGUACACGCUUUUUCGUAACGAUAACGACCAGGGGCUCGGAAGCCCGCUAUUCUGCGAGGUCAUCGGCUGAUGCUCGUUUUCGCGAGUUGUGUGUGUGGUUUUCUAUUCCAUUCGCCGUGCAUCCGCUCUCUAUUCCCUGAUAAGUAUGGGGGAGAGACGGGUAAAACCUUUAGCGUUAUGAUGUGGACAAGGGAUCUAUCGAUAAAUGGCAGAAUAUGGCACGCGCACCAGAACUCCAGAAUCUAUGAGGAAACGUUUCUGGCAGCGGUACUUCGUUAUCCGUGGAACACAGUGGAAACGAGCGUCAAGUUAAAAAAAAUAGAGAGAGAGGGAAGGGGACGAGACAGCCUGGGAAAAAGUGUCGCAAAAAAGAUAAGCGGUGCUCUUGCCACACGCUAUUCGCAACUGCUCUUGUAGAAUAACUCCUAAUAAUUUUAUACUACUAUGUUGUUUGAUACAUUAACCUUUGAUAUCUUUGAUACCUAAAGGAAAUCACUAAUAUUAAUAUUAGUUUAUAAUAAAACUAUCGAAAUUAUUGAUCCAAUA